CUGUAUUACAGUUGUCAAGUUGAAGACUCUGUACUGCCAGUUUUGAAACCUUUCACUCGCCCGAGUUUGUUUUCUAAUGUGUCUCCAACAAUACGGUUUUAUACGAAGGGAACAAAAGUCGCAAAACCGAGUAAAGCUAUUCGCUCAAAGCUGUUAUGGUGCAAAAAUAAUCUUUUACCUGUAGUCGUGCGACAAAGUCUUGUUACAAGUCAUUUUUCUAUAGUUGAUGAAUCAAAAUUAUGGGUAGGGUAUUGGGGACGACACUUGAAAUCAAUCCAGUACCGAACGAUUAAGCCAUUUCAGAAGGUCAAUCAUUUUCCCGGUGCAUUUCAUAUAGGUCGAAAGGAUCGUCUAUGGCAGCAUAUAAGUGAAAUGAUGGAGAUAUGGGGUUCUGAAGAGUAUGAAAUCAUGCCAACUACUUUUAUUUUGCCUCGUGAUUUCAAGAAAUUAAAAACACAUCUUCAAAAAAGUGCAUCACAUAUCAUAAUACUUAAACCGCCUGCAUCGGCUAGGGGAGUAGGUAUUACUUUUGCUAGUCAAAUUAAAGACAUUCCAAAGCAAACAUCGCUCGUUGCACAGCAUUAUAUUGGUCGACCACUGAUCAUCAAUUCAGCUAAAUUUGAUUUGCGUUUGUAUGUUUAUCUCACAAGUAUUGAUCCUUUGCGGAUAUAUUUAUACAAUGAUGGUCUCGUAAGAUUUGCAAGUACCCCCUAUUCUUCUGACCCAAGUUCAAUGUCCAAUAGAUUUAUGCACUUAACGAACUAUAGCAUCAAUAAAUUGGCUCAGUCAGCAGGCGAAAGUUCAGCUCCUGUCCCCAAGUGGAAAAUUUCGGAAUUUUGGGCAUACUUAGCUGAACGUGUAGACGUUAGUGCCAUCAAACAGCGAAUUAAAGAUGUUAUCAUCAAAGCUGUUAUCGCUUGUGAAAGUCAUAUUCGAUUGCACCAAAAAAAGCAUGCUUUAUAUCCUUUCACUAGUCAUGAAUUGUAUGGGAUGGAUAUUUUACUGGACUCUAAUCUAAGACCAUGGUUGCUAGAGGUGAAUAUUUCGCCAUCUUUACAUUGCGCAACAGCAACAGACAAAGCCAUCAAAACGGUACUAGCAAAAGACGUGCUAAAUCUGUGCGGUGUUCAAAUUCCACCAAAUAUAACUAAUGCGUUGUCAAUAGACUAUCGAGUCAAAUCAUUCGACAGUAAUAAAAGUGCUGAAGAUAUGCUGAAAGAGAUGCAUCAUGUGGGAUAUUUCGAAAAAAAUAUGAAAAUUGAUCCGAGGAUAGUGGAUGAUUUGACCGGUUCUGACGCGCGGAUUUUAAUUGAUUUUGAGGAUGAAUUAGAUCGGUCUGGGAAUUUCGACCUCAUAUUCCCUACUGCUAAAACGUUCAAUUACGUGAAUUUUUACAAAAAACCCAUUGCUUACUCUAAUUUAUUGCUGGCCCAAUGGCAGUUAGAGAAGGAACGUCGCGGACGUGAAGUUGGUUUAGCCAUUUUAGAAGAUAUUUCACGUAGGAAUAAGCAUUUUCCCAAAACAGUGGUACUUGAAAUUUCACAGUUCACUAAGUAA